AUGCGUGUUUCUGCUGACGACAUGAGAGCUCUUGACCAAGACAUGACCGACAUCGAAGAAAAGGCCCUGCAGUUGAAGAGAGCCUCCAUCACUCUCGAGCAAGGUCUUAAACAAGAAAAAGCGCAAAUUGAGAAAUUCCAGCGAAUUUUGAAAGAUUAUAAUCAAAGAUUGGAUAAAUGCAGACAUCUACUCGAUGGUAUUCAAACAGGAGAUGCAGUGAGAGAUGAGAAAGCUCCGAAGAUUCUGUAG